AUGGCUGUGCCUGGACCUCCUCUGCUUCUUCUGUCUGUGCUGCUGCCGCUGCUUUUUAGCAAGGCAUCUCUGCCUGCAGCUGCAUACACACUCACCUCUGGACGACAGCCUCAGCCCAAAAUCCUCCAUCUGGACUGGCCGAAGGACUGUGGCAUGCCUCACUUUAAGCCCAACAUGGCGGAGAGAAUUGUGUCUGGGAAUGAGGCGAGACCUCACUCCUGGCCCUGGCAGGUCUCACUGCAGGUUCGCCCCAGGGGGAGUAAACAUUACAUUCAUGUCUGUGGAGGAACUCUCAUCCACAAGAACUGGAUCCUUACGGCUGCUCACUGCUUCCAAAAAGGUAAAGCUGAGGAUGCUGGGAGCUGGAGGAUCGUCCUGGGGAAGCACCAGCUGAAGCGCUCAGAGACGCCAGAGAGGGUCUUCCCUGUGAAGAGGAUCUACCGUCACGAGAACUUCCGUUACCCGGCUCACAGCGAGCUGGACUACGACAUCGCCCUGGUGAAGGCUGGCACGGAAAUCGUCCCCUCGAACUUCAUCCGCUACGCCUGCCUGCCGCGCAAGCAGACCAGCCUCAAACCAGGACACUAUUGCUGGGUGACAGGCUGGGGCGACACCCGGGGCGGGAAGGAGAAUGUGUCUCUAGCUGAAGCCUUGAAUCAGGCUCGCCUGCCCAUCAUCGACUUCAAGACCUGCCGGCAGAAGAAAUUCUGGGGCGAUCGUGUCCGAGACUCGAUGAUCUGCGCUGGGUUCAGAGACACUGAGGACCCUCCUGCUGCAUGCCAGGGCGACUCUGGCGGACCUCUGCUAUGCCAGCUGGGUCGGGACCGCUGGGAGGUGCACGGCGUGGUGAGCUUCGGCCCCAUCGGCUGCACGGUGGAGAACAAACCCAGCGUCUUCACCCGCACCGCCGCCUACAUUCCCUGGAUCGAGGCGACGCGCAUCAGGGACUUCUUCCUGCACUAAGCGGACCACCUGACUGACAGCAAACAUAAGCUCUGCUCUGUUCAGUGUCUCAUGUCCACACAUGACUACAAACUUUUUUUUCUCACAGUUCUAUGAAGACAUGUUCACCAGUUUGUGAACUUACACCCACUUACAGAUGUGCAAACAUGUUCUUAACGUGCAAUAAUCGUUUUCUAAAUCACUGUAUCUUAAAGUCUAAACUAUGAACUUCAGUGGUUUCAAACAGAAGAAUACCGUGACUACAAGGUUUACACAACUCCUUACCUUUCACAGCCAGUCGACAUUUGUACAAUAAAACUGGUAA